UCCUGUCCAAAUGCAGAAACAAUUUAUAAUGAAGAAAAGAAUUGAAAAGUAGGACUAACAGGGCUGCCCAUUUAGUGGCAAAAACGGCCCUUGCAUCGGUAGCUCGACAAUCGGUCGACUACCGCUAUUUACUUUUUCAUCAAUUGUAAUCAACUGUCUAUCUACGAUCUAUCUAUGGCAAAAAAAAAAAAAGAAAAGAAUUGAAAAGCAUAGCGACGGUUUCAGGCGUCUGGUUUCGUAAAUCCGCGAGUCUCCUCUCCAUUUUACUACAUUAUCCCAUCUCCAUUCCGCCAUGGCCAUUGCCCAACUGCCUCCUUUCCCCCCCUUCCCUUUUUCUUCCUCCUCCUCUGCUUCUUAUAAAAGAAAAGCUCUGUUUCAAACCCAGCUCUCACAUCUUCCUUCUCUAGACCGAACUGGGUUCAGGGAAAAGGAACCAUCUAGCCUGCUCAGCUAGCCGUCCCUCCAAUCUCCCCUUACCAUCUGGGCAAUCAGAUAAGUUAGUUGAAGAAGAGGUCGAAAUUUGGUUGUGGUAGCUAGCUAGGUAGAACUAGGUUCAGUAGAAAAAAAAGUAACAAUGGGACAGAUAGCUACCAAAGGUGGGUAUUUUCUUCUUCUUCUUCUUCUUCUUCUUCUUCUUUAUUUCAUGAGGCUCACAUGAAUUGCCACUGAUUCAGGCAAACCCCUCUCUGUAACUUCACCUUCCUUCUCCUUCUGGCCAUUUCUAUUUCUUUUAUUACGUCGGUUGGACGCUUCUUCAACCCGUUUCCUUUUCCCCUUUUUUUUCCCCACUCCCCAUUGCUUUCAUCACUUCCUUGAACCUGUAGCAUUUAUCCACUAAGAAGUUCCAAAAGUUAGUUCACAGAGUGGGGAGAGGUGGAGAAGGAGGUUUCUGUGGUUCUCUGUUUCUGGUCCUUUGCCACAAGGUUGAGAAACCUCCAGCUCCCCCAAACUGCUCACGUUUAUAAACUAACCAGACCCUUCUGUUUUCUCCAUCUAUUUCCACCCCCCUUCUGUUUCCCUGCCCAUUUUCUCUGCGAACCCAGUUCGCUUUACUAAGAAUGAAGACUACAGGGGAGAUGUCCCCUGCAGCAGCCGGGGUUCCAUUCAGCAUAGCCAGCCUGCUCUGCAAUCCUACCUUUAAACGUGCAGCAGAGAGAUCAAACGUGUUCCCGAUCCCUCCUCCUAGCAGCCAUAAUCUCUCCAGUUCAUAUCACUCCACUCCUCUGCCGCAAAGCAAUCAAUCCUGCAGUGGUAGUAAUAGCAGCAGUGACGCUGGCUCACAUUGCGGUUCAAUGGAAGCGGAAGGGAUUAAGGGAGGUGUUCGUCGUGGCGGCGGGGUGUUUGAGUCGGACAGCUUAAUGCUAUGGGGGAUGACAUCUAUCUGCGGGAGAAGGCCUGAGAUGGAAGAUGCAGCGGCUGUUGUUCCAAAGUUCAUGACCAUCCCGGCUCAGAUGCUGGGGAGCCGGGUCGACUUGACUGCGCAUUUCUUUGGUGUGUAUGAUGGACAUGGUGGCUCUCAGGUUGCUGACUACUGCAGGAAGCGAGUACACGAGGCGCUAUCGGAGGAGAUCAAGGAGCUUGGAGAAGCAGAGGAUGGAGAGGAUGCGUUGAAGAGAGCCUUCUCCAAUUGCUUCCUUAGAGUUGACGCCGAGAUCAGUGGUGGUGGUGGUGGUGGUGGUGAAGAUGCUGCUGCUGUUGAGGUAGCCCCUGAGACAGUCGGCUCGACAGCCGUAGUAGCCGUGGUUUGCAGAACGCACAUCAUUGUUGCGAACUGUGGCGACUCCAGAGCUGUGCUUUGCCGCGGCAAAGCAGCCAUUCCGUUGUCCGUGGACCACAAACCUGACAGAGAAGACGAGUAUGCACGAAUCGAAAGCGCAGGAGGCAAGGUGAUCCAAUGGAACGGAGCUCGAGUUCUGGGUGUUCUUGCAAUGUCGAGGUCCAUAGGCGACAGAUACUUGAAGCCAUCGAUUAUACCAGACCCUGAAGUGAGAAUCGUGGAGAGGGCGAAAGAAGAUGAGUGCCUAAUUUUAGCGAGCGAUGGGGUGUGGGAUGUGUUGACAAACGAGGAAGCGUGCGAGGUUGCGAGGAGAACAAUUCUGCUGUGGCACAGAAGAAGAAACAACGGCCAGGCUGGGCAUACUCAAGAACGAACGACGAUGUCCGACCACUCCGGAGCUGACCCUGCAGCGCAAGCUGCUGCAGAGACUCUGUCCAACCUUGCUCUACAGAGAGGGAGCAAAGACAAUAUAACCGUCGUCGUGGUGGACCUGAAAGCACAGAGGAAAUUCAAGAGGAAGACACAACAAAAACAGCAGCAGCAGCAGUAGUAGUAACAACUAAUAACCUGACCUA